AUGUCCUGUUUGAUGUCAUCAUUUCCUGUUGGGUUUCCUCACGUCCUGUGUAGUCUGACCAGUUGCCUUACCACUGUCAAAGACUCCUAUUACACAACUAGGCCUAUUCUAGUUGUCGCCGUUCACUGUUUACAGAAAACACUUCUCUGCUGCUGCCAAACCCCCCCCUUCACAUCUACUCCAUUCAGACCUACCUCUACGCUCCUCCAGCUCCACUCUACUCAAUCCUCCUACAGACUUACCUCUACGCUCCACUCUACUCAACCCUCCUACAACCUACCUCUAGGCUCCUCCAGCUCCACUCUACUCAACCCUCCUACAGACUUACCUCUAGGCUCCUCCAGCUCCACUCUACUCAACCCUCCUACAGACUUACCUCUAGGCUCCUCCAGCUCCACUCUACUCAACCCUCCUACAGACCUACCUCUACGCUCCUCCAGCUCCACUCUACUCAACCCUCCUACAGACUUACCUCUACGCUCCUCCAGCUCCACUCUACUCAACCCUCCUACAGACUUACCUCUAUGCUCCUCCAGCUCCACUCUACUCAACCCUCCUACAGACUUACCUCUACGCUCCUCCAGCUCCACUCUACUCAACCCUCCUACAGACUUACCUCUACGCUCCUCCAGCUCCACUCAACCCUCCUACAGACUUACAUCUAUGUUCCACUCUACUCCAUUCAACCCUCCUACAGACUUACCUCUACGCUCCUCCAGCUCCACUCUACUCCAUUCAACCCUCCUACAGACUUACCUCCACACUCCACUCUACUCCACCCUUCUCUACUCUCAACUUGACACCCCCCAUCUCCAACUCACCCCUCCUACAGCCCUACCUUGUCACCCCACCACCCUCCAACAUCAACACCCUGAUACCUCUUCCUCUCCCUGAAGUGUGUACUUUCAUCCCACCUUGUGGAUUUAAAAGGAAUGGACUGGUAUGAAGAAAAUCAUGUCAGAUAUUAUUUUGACAUGGUGAAAACUCAAGUCCAUGAUUAAUCCAAUGCUUUCACAUCCAUGAAGGGGACUGAGUGAGCAGGACAAGUGCACACGGGGGCAUAAGGCCAGUAGGGAAUCCUAACACACACAGCCUAAAAUGAUAUAGUAAGUAAUGGGAUGUUGUAGUUUUGUGGUCCCUCUUAAUACACCCACAAACGGCUCUAUAGAGAAGUUUCCAAACGCUAUGAAACCUCGUGUUCUGAACACACCCCGGUAGUUCUCACUGUUUCUGUUCUGAACACACCUAAUAAAGGACUGUUGAAGUCUC